UCUCUCUCGUGACGGAGGAGGAGAGAGAUACAGAUCUCUCCUGGUGGAGGUCCAUCCAUUGAUCACUGUUAAUUUCUCAUUAUUGUCACCAACACACACACACACACACGCACGCACACGGACACACAGAGAAUUGAAAGUCAUGCAAAAUUUCGCAGAGACCAUUUGUUGAAGCCAUACGUUAUACGUGUAAAACACCUGAAUGUUUUGACUGUCUGUCUACGAUUUACACAGAGAGAGAGAGAGAGAGAGAGAGAGUGAGAGGAGGUUGUUCCAAGUGUGAUUGUCUGGCUUAGAAGCAUAUAUGUUGUAUUAACAAGGCCAGUUGUAGCAUUGUUGUGACUCCAAACUCCAUCUUGGAGUCAAUACCAAUUGUAAAUUCUAGUAGGUUAGGGUUUUGAAGAUCCCUGAAUUCACAAUUGGGGGGAAUAAAAGAUGCAGAGGAUUGUUAAUUACUAAUUUUGGUCUUAGGGAUUAGAAAUCUAGAGUGAAAGAGAAGGAAAUUUCACUGGAGAAGCUUCACAUUUGUAUUUCUGUAACAUGGGUUUUUUUUCAUGUGUUCACAACUAAAUUUUUUGCUCAAACCCAUAUUGAAAAGUUCCAAAGAUUGACAGAAAUUGACAAAUUUGGGAGUCGGGUGCUUUUGAAUUGAGAGUUUAGUGUUUGGGAGACAAAUAUUAUCUAGAAUGGAACCACAUAGAACAGAAAUGCGAUCUUUGGCGUUAACGCCAACAUGGUCUGUUGCUACUGUAAUGACAAUCUUUGUUGUUGUGUCUUUGCUUGUGGAGCGAUCAAUUCACCGCCUAAGCAAUUGGUUGCGGGAAACAAAUCGAAAACCUUUGUUCGAAGCUGUAGAGAAAAUGAAAGAAGAAUUGAUGCUUCUAGGCUUCAUAUCUCUCCUUCUCACUGCUACUUCAGGCUUUAUAUCAAAUAUUUGCAUCCCAACAUCGUACUAUGAGAGUGUGCUUUCUCCUUGCACCAAGUCUGAGGUUCAGGACGACACUGAAAAUAAUGUUUCACAGGGUCGUAAACUUUUGAUGGCUUUUGCUCUUCCUCACUCAUUUAGGAGAAUGUUGAAUGAGUUAAAUAAAAAAUCUUGCAAAGAGGGUCAUGAGCCAUUUGUUUCAUCUCAAGGUCUCGAGCAAUUGCACCGCUUCAUCUUCGUCAUGGCAAUCACACAUGUAUCUUACAGCUGCUUAACAAUGCUGCUGGCAAUUGUGAAGAUCCAUAGUUGGAGGACAUGGGAAGUUGAGGCUUAUUUGGGCCAGCAUGAAUUAUUAACUGAAGAAAACACAAGAGACAAGACAAUGCAUAGACAAUCAACCUUUGUCAAAUUUCAUACGUCAAAUCCUUUGGUCUGGAAUAAGUUUCUUGUUUGGGUGACCUGUUUUUUCCGGCAAUUUGGGAAUUCAGUGGUUCGUGCUGACUACCUUACACUCCGCAAGGCUUUCAUUGUGAACCACAACCUUACAUCAAAAUAUGACUUUCACAGUUAUAUGAUCCGCUCUAUGGAAGAAGAAUUUCAAAAGAUAGUUGGUGUGAGUGCCCCACUGUGGGGAUUUGUCGUGGCUUUUAUGCUCUUUGAUGUGAAAGGUUCUAAUCUCUAUUUCUGGAUAGCUAUCAUUCCCGUUAUUCUUGUUCUUCUGGUGGGAACAAAGUUGCAACAUGUUAUUGCAACCUUGUCUUUGGAGAGUGCUGCAAUAAAUGGAUCUUUCAAUGGCACGAAGUUAAAUCCUCGAGAUGAUCUUUUUUGGUUUAAAAAGCCAGAACUUUUGUUGUCCUUGAUCCAUUUUAUUCUUUUCCAGAAUGCAUUUGAGCUGGCUUCAUUUUUCUGGUUCUGGUGGCAAUUCGGGUAUAAUUCAUGCUUCAUUAGGAGACAUUUGCUUGUGUAUCUACGGCUGAUUUUGGGAUUUUCUGGACAGUUCUUAUGCAGCUACAGCACCUUGCCAGUAUAUGCUCUGGUUACUCAGAUGGGAACAAACUACAAGGCAGCCCUAAUUCCACACAGAAUAAGAGAAACGAUCCACGGAUGGGGGAAGGAAGCUAGGAGGAGAAGGCGGCAUGGCAUUUUCACCGAUGAUUCAACUAUACACACAGAAACGAGCAUGGUGUUGUCAGUUGAGGAAGAUGAUCAACGGCUGCUUGAUAGCCCUCGAGCUGGAGCCCACGGUGCUGCCACAGAGAUGGAAUUGCAACCUCAUACCAUUAUCAUUCCAAGUAGUCCUUCCCCAUUUGCUAACGAAACUUCAAGUCGUGCUGGUACGCCUCUCCUUCGGCCUUCUGCUUCCGUUUCUUCCACGGUUUCAUCCAAAAAUCUACAUCUGGAAGCAUUCACGAGGUCCACUUCAGAGCCUAAUAGAAGAGAGUGAAGAAAAUACUACAGCGAUGACGAUGACAAGGAUAGAAGAAAAAAGAUGAGAUUGAAGUUGGCCGUUAAUACUCAUAUGGUGGUUGUUAGUUGUAGCAUGAUCAAUAGAACAAAGAAAUUGAUAUACGAGCCGAUAAUAGAAUCAAAUUAUAGAAAAUAUACUUGGAUUUAUGCGAAUAGAGUAAUUUCUGUAGUGAUGGGUCCCACGAUCUAUAUGUAUAUCAAGGUUUUUUUUUAUGAUCUUGAAAUGUUUGAACUUAUGAUACUAUACGAUCUUUCCUCAA